AUGGUUCACUUACGACGACAAGAUACCUUCGAUGACUCGGACUACGAGUCGUGUCCGGUCGGAGGCGAGUGGUGGAAGUGCCAGGACAUCAACUAUCCCACUUUCAUAGGAUGCUGUUCCAGCAAUCCAUGCUCCGGCCAGAUGUGCCCAGCAGACAAUCUCUAUCCCAUGGGCUUUGGCUCCAUCACGACCCCAGCUCCCGACUAUCCGAACCAUUCUUGUCCCUACGGAGGCUUAUGGUAUACCUGUGCCGACAACUCGAUCGCCUUCCAAGGCUGUUGCGAGAGCAAUCCAUGCAACGGCCAAGGCUGCCCUGCCUCUGAUCUACGAGCGGCUGCGCUUCACACCGUCGCUGUUGCCGGAAGCUCGACAUUCACGGUCCCAUCGUCCGUGGCGACGGCCGCUCCGACCGGCGUCUCUGGCGCUGCCUCAACGACAUCGACCGCUGCGAAGCCCGUCCAGCAGAUAACGACUUCCAAGCCGAACACAGCAGCCAUAGCAGGCGGCACUGUUGGCGGCGGAGUUUUGUUGAUGGCAGUCAUCGGGUUCGCUUUGUAUUGCUGUCUCCGACGACGGAGAGCAAAGCGUGCCGCCGCGAACGACGCAACACCCUCGCACGAACAUAAAGGCUAUUACCAAGACGCCGGUGGUGCGACUGUCUUGACCCCUGUGCCGAACUACACCAAGAUGGCCGCACAUCUGUCAUCCUCUUCGCACAGCCCGUCGUCCCCUGCACCUACAUAUACCUCGGUGGGGACCCAACAGAACCAAGAGACCACGGAACCACAAGAGAUCAUGGGCCUGGGCUUGACGCCAGAACAGUUCAAUCGGCGCAGCAAGUCGAGGACCCCGUUUCAGCUUCUUGAUGGUCGUCCUGUCGAGCUGGCGUCGUCUGAACGCCUGUCUAUGGGUGCACCUGAUGUGGGAGCUACAAGUCCGCUCUUGGAGUCGAGGUCGGAUCAGGCGAAGAUGAAUCAUACUAAUCGAACAUCGCGACUCCGGAAUAGUCCACGAAUGGGGCAUCUAAGAACACAGCUUUCCAGGAGUCCAUCUAGGACAUCGACUGGAUCUAGGGAUUCGGAGGUUUGA